GCGGAACGCCAGAAAGAUUCGCGAAGGCGUGCGACGUGUGCGACUCGCUGUCGACAGUUUUUCGUGGACCGCUGAUACAGAAUCACACUCGAUUUUACGAGGUAAAUCAUCACUGCGAAUCAGGACGAGCGAUCAUUCUAAAAGGCAUUUCAAGGAGACAAUAUACUGGUCCCAAGGAAAAUUUCUCGAUUAACGCAUCCUGAGUGACUCAAAAUACGAUCUACCGGCGACUCGCAGAGAUAGAAUCGCACCAGCUGAUCGUAUCAGCAUUUCGUACACACGCAUAUUUACACAUUUGAUUCGCCGGCAAACGGCAGGUACUAACACAGGGGCGCGCACCCCACCACCCUCAUCCGUGAGAGCGUAGCAGCGGACCGGCCGAUAAAAUGAAUGAGAAUGAUAAGUCAGUUAAGUGCGAGAACUCCGCCGAGGAGGAGGAGGACGAGAUGUACGAGCGCGAGCUGGCCGAGGACGCGCAGUGGAAGCGAAUUCAGCAAAAUACCUUUACGAGAUGGGCAAACGAACGAUUGAAGGCGGUCAACAAGCACAUCGGCGACUUGGAAUGCGACCUGUCCGACGGUCUUCGGCUGGUGAGCCUUAUCGAGGUGCUCUCGCAGAAGCGGCUACCAAAACACAACCAACGACCAACCUUCCGUUCCCAGAAGCUGGAGAACGUAUCCGUCGCUCUUAAGUUCCUGGAGGACGAGGGCAUCAGGAUCGUCAAUAUCGAUUCUUCGGACAUUGUAGACUGCAAAUUGAAGUUGAUUCUCGGUCUAAUAUGGACCCUGAUCCUGCAUUAUUCGAUCUCUAUGCCCAUGUGGGAUGGCGACGAGGGCGAAGACAAAGGCGCUACCCCGAAGCAAAGACUGAUGCACUGGAUUCAAUCGAAAGUCCCGGAUUUGCCGAUCACGAAUUUCACCUCCGACUGGAACGACGGUCGCGCAGUGGGUGCUCUCGUUGAUGCGGUCGCACCUGGUCUCUGUCCGGAUUGGCAAGAUUGGAAUCCCAAGGAUGCGAUCCAAAAUGCGUCCGAGGCGAUGGGUCUCGCCGACGAUUGGCUCAAUAUUCCUCAGCUCAUUAAACCCGAAGAGAUGGUAAAUCCAAAUAUCGAUGAGAUGUCGAUGAUGACAUACCUAUCGCAAUAUCCAAACGCGAAAUUGAAGACAGGUGCACCUCUGCGUCCUCGCACAAAUCCAAACAGCAUCCCACCGCCGCGAGUACGCGCUUAUGGCCCCGGUAUAGAGCCAACCGGUCCGAUCGUCGGUGCGCCGGCCAACUUUACCGUGGAAACCUUCUCCGCCGGCAAGGGUAACGUAGAUGUCACCGUCGACGAUUCUAAAGGCAACAAAUUACCGGUUGAUAUCAGGUUCAACAAGGACAGGAACCUGACAUACUCCGUGUCAUACACUCCGAAGACGGAAGGUCCGCACAAAGUGAAAGUGCUCUUCGCCGGUAGAGAAAUCCCGAAGAGUCCGUACAUCGUCAAUGUCGAAGGACACGCCGGUGAUUCGAGCAAAGUUACGGCAAGCGGGCCGGGUCUGCAACCGGAAGGAGUCGUAGUGAACAGACCUACCUUCUUCGAUAUCUUUACGAAGGACGCUGGUCGCGGUGUGCCGGAAGUCAUCAUCUUGGAUCCUCAAGGUAGCAAAACCGCAGUACCGGUGAAACUGCGCCAGACCUCGCCAGACGUCUGGAGAUGUGAAUACGUGUCUCCAGUGACAGGUCUGCAUUCCGUCAAUAUUUUCUUCGCCGGCAAACCCAUACCCGGAAGCCCCAUCGGUGUCAACAUCGCACCGGUUUCCGACGCAAAAAAGUGCAGAGCAUAUGGACGAGGGUUGCUGUCCACAGGCGUUCGCGUUCAGGACGUCGCCGACUUUGUCGUCCUCACUAAAGACGCUGGUGAGGGCAUACCGGACAUCCGCGUAAUCGGCCCGGGAGGUGUCAAUCGACCAGUACAAAUGUCCAAGGUCGACGCUACGACUUACGCAUGCCACUACACGCCGAUUAAGGAAGGCCGUCACGUGGUGAUGAUCACAUAUGGUGGCAAAGAAAUUCCCAAGUCGCCCUUCGAGGUCAAUGUUGGUCCUUACAAGGAAUCCAACAUCAAAGCUUUCGGACCAGGCUUGCAUACCGGCAUCGUUGGCCAUCCGGCGAAAUUUACGGUGGACACAAACGGUGAGACCGGUGCUCUUGGCUUCUCUAUUGAGGGCCCGUCCAAAGCGAAGAUCGAGUGCAAUGAUAAUGGCGAUGGAACCGCUGACGUUUCUUAUUUACCUACCGCACCGGGACAAUAUGCGGUCCACAUCCUCUGCGAUAACGAGGACAUCCCUAAGUCGCCUUACAUCGCGGCUAUCUCGCCGAAGACGGACUUCGAUCCGGAAAAGGUUGAAGUUCAUGGACCAGGAAUUCAACCGGAAGGUGUUGCCAAAGAUAAACCGACGCAUUUUACGGUGGACGCGAGAAAAGCCGGCCAUGCGGCUUUGGAAGUCGCCAUCCAGGAUGCUCUCGGAAAGGAAGUUCCUCUCAAAUUAGACGACAAGAGAGAUGGAACUGUUCAAGCACAUUAUACGCCUACAUCCAGUUCUCAACAUGUUGUGAUGAUAAAUUAUGGCGGAGUGGCCACGAAAAAAUCUCCAUACAGAGUUAAAAUAGCUUCGCCUUUGAAUCCCGCUAUGGUUUCCGCCUUCGGUCCUGGUCUUGAGAAAGGCGUAAAAUCGAAUAUUCCUACACAUUUUAAUGUCGAUUGUCGAGAGGCUGGACCAGGCAAAUUGGACGUUAAACUGCUGUCCCCCGAAGAUCGGGAGCUUCCGAUUUCUCUUACGGAUAACGAGGAUGGCACGUACACCGUAGAUUACAUGCCACCUCAACCAGGAAAUUAUACUGUAAAUCUCAACUACGGCGGUCUGAACGUACCCCAGUGUCCCAUUAAAGUCAACGUUCAGCCUCAUGUGGACGUGUCUAAGGUCAAGGUGGACGGUUUGGAACCAACGGCCCCGGUGAACAGCCUGCAGCAGUUCCGCGUGAUAACGCAGGAAGCGGGCAGGGCAGCGGACUUCCAGGUGGCGAUCACGGCUCCGUCCGGCAACCGUGUCAAGGCGCACGUGGUGCCGACCCAUGAAGGCUACCUGGUAAACUUCACGCCCACCGAGCUCGGCGAGUAUCUACUGGGCAUUAGCUUCGGCGGCGAGCCGAUCUCGAAGCAGCCCUAUCGACUUACCUGCGUCCACGGUUCCGACCCGGCCAAGGUGCGGGCCUCCGGCCCCGGUCUCUCCCACGGCGUAGUGAACAAACCAGCCGAGUUUGUAAUCGAUACGCGCGGUGCUGGCCAAGGUGGUCUCGGCGUGACUGUUGAGGGACCCUGCGAGGCGGCUAUAAAUUGCAGGGACAACGGCGAUGGCACUUGCUCUGUCGCCUAUCUGCCCACCGAAGCCGGCGAUUAUGGCAUCAACAUCACUUUCAACGAACAGCACGUACCGGGCUCGCCCUUCCAGGCCAUUGUCGUGCCGGACGCGGACCUCUCCAAGAUCAAAGUCACCGGGAACGGCAUCCAGCCACACGGUUUAUAUGUGAAUAAGCAAGCGACGUUCACGAUAGACACGAAAGACAUCGCUAAAUCGAAGACAGAUGACGGUAAGGUGUCGUGCACCAUAAGCAAUCCCAGUGGUGGGAAGACUGAGAAGCUCAUCAUCCCCCAGGGUGAUGGCACUUAUCGCGUCAGCUACACGCCUUUCGAGGAAGGCUGUCACACCAUCGAUAUUCUCUACGACAAUAUGCCUAUCCCUGGUUCGCCUUUCUCCGUGAACGUGCAACGCGGCUCUGAUCCCAGCAAGUGUCGCGCGUAUGGACCUGGACUGGAAAAAGGCAUCGUGAACAAGACGAAUCGCUUCACGGUGGAAACUAGAGAGGCUGGCAAUGGCGGCUUGGGUUUGUCGAUCACUGGUGACGGGGAAGUCAAGGUCGAAGCCAAGGAUAACUACGACGGUUCAUGCACUGUCGAGUACUUUCCUACGGAACCCGGUGACUAUGAGAUCGGUAUCAAGUUUGCCGAGCAGAAUAUACCCGGUUCGCCGUUUAAAAUCGAGGUGGUAUCGGACUCGGAGGCGAAGAAUGUGAUCGCUUACGGGCCUGGUUUACAACCUGAGAUGGUACGGGACGGUGUGCCCGCCAAGUUCACUGUAGACACGUCAAAGUGCGCGAAAGCGGCGCAACUGGAUGUCAGAUUGUCGACUGAUAAAGGACAAGCGCAAAAGCCGCAGAUCAAGAGCAAAGGUGAUGGUUUAUACGAAGUGACGUAUCAACCACCGCCCGCCGGAAGUAACGUGCACAUUGGCGUGACCUACGAUGGCGAGGACAUCAAUGGCAGUCCGUACAAGAUAAAAGUUUUACCCACCGUCGAACCAAGCAAGGUGACACUGUUGGGUCCUGGUGUGUCGCCCGUUUGCACCGCUUCCUUCCCCACUGACUUCGUCGUGAAUACUUCCGAGGCCGGAUAUGGCGAUCUAGAAGUUCAAGUUGUGGGACCGGACCAAGUGCCGCGUAAGGUAGAAGUACAGGAUCUCGGCGACGGUAAAUACAAGGCGACCUAUCUGCCGGAUGACUGCGGCCGCUACAAGGUCAACGUGAAAUACGGCGGUAAGGAAGUGCCAGGCAGCCCGGUGAGCGUGCAGAGCGUCUCCACCGGCAAGGCGGACCAGUGCAAGAUCAAAGAGGGCAUUCAGCGCACUUUGGCUCAGGGGGAGGAGUACUGCAUCACCGUGGAUACUGAGAAUGCAGGCCGCGGUGCAGUGACCUGCCGCAUCCGCUCCACUUCCGGAAGUGAAGUCGUUGACAUUGACAUAGAAGACAACGGUGAUGGCACAGUUAAUAUUUAUUACACGGUUGCCGAUGCAGGAGACUAUACCCUCAGCAUCAAAUUUGGUGGACAACCGGUGCCUGAUGGAUUCUACACCUUCACGGCAUCCGAGGAGUAUCGGGAACAUAGCACGCAUAAAACUCAACGAGCUCGUAAGUCACAACAGAGACAAAAUCAACACGUCGUUGAACAGCGUAGCACAACCCUACAGGAGAGCUCUACUGUCACUACAAAGCGCAGUAGCCAACAGGAGCUAUCGAAGAAGAAUUUCAACGUUAUUCGGUUGAAUUCUAUCCCACUACCUCUUGCGAGCGGUGGCACAGUUAUUUCCGAAGUAAAGAUGCCGAGCGGAAAUACAGAUAAACCAGUGAUCGAGGACAAUCACGAUGGUACGGUAUCCAUCAAGUACGAGCCGAGGGAAGAGGGCCUUCACGAGAUUUAUGUGAAAUUCAACGGCGAACAUGUCCAGGGUUCUCCUUUCAAAUUCCACGUUGACUCCUUGGCGAGCGGAUAUGUGACGGCAUAUGGACCAGGUUUGGUCUACGGCGUUUGCGGCGAACCUGGAAAUUUCACCAUCUCGACAAAGGGCGCCGGCGCAGGCGGUCUCUCGCUGGCUGUUGAAGGGCCCAGCAAGGCUGAAAUAUGUUGCCAUGACAACAAGGAUGGCACAGUGUCGGUGUCUUAUCUGCCCACAGCGCCCGGAGAAUAUAAGAUCACCGUUAAAUUCGGCGACAAGCAUAUCAAGGGCAGUCCUUUUGUCGCCAAAAUUACGGGCGAAGGUCGCAAGAGAAAUCAGAUCUCCGUGGGUUCUUCCAGCGAGGUGCAGCUGCCGGGUAAGGUAUCCGAUGCCGACAUCAAGUCCUUGAAUGCGUCAAUUACGGCGCCCAGUGGUCUCGAGGAACCGUGCUUCUUGAAAAAGAUGCCGAGCGGCAACAUGUGCGUGUCAUUCACGCCGCGCGAAGAGGGCGAACACGUAGUAGGCGUGAAAAGAAUGGGCAAGCACAUACCGAAUUCUCCCUUCAAAAUCGACGUGAAGGAUCGCGAAGUCGGCGACGCGAAAAAGGUUAAGGUCUCCGGUCCCGGUCUGAAGGAGGGUAAGACCCAUGUGGAGAACAAUUUCUCUAUCGACACAAGAAACGCCGGUUUCGGUGGUCUCUCUCUUUCGAUGGAGGGUCCGAGUAAAGCCGAGAUCCAGUGCAAGGAUAACGAAGACGGCACUCUGAACAUCUCCUACAAGCCCACCGAGCCCGGCUACUACAUCAUGAAUCUCAAGUUUGCGGACCACCACGUCGAGGGCUCGCCAUUCACUGUUAAGGUCAGCGGCGAAGGUAGCAAUCGGCAGCGGGAGAAAAUUCAGAGGCAACGAGAAGCUGUACCUAUUACCGAGGUCGGCAGCCAAUGCAAGCUGACCUUCAAGAUGCCCGGAGUUACAUCCUUCGAUCUUGCCGCCACCGUCACGUCCCCCGGCGGUGUCACUGAGGACGCCGAGAUCAAGGAGGCCGAAGACGGCAUCUACGCGGUGGCAUUCGUGCCUAAGGAACUCGGCGUGCACACGGUGUCCGUGCGUUACAAGUCCAUGCACAUCCCCGGCUCGCCCUUCCAGUUCACGGUAGGCCCCCUCAGAGAUGGCGGCGCCCACAGAGUUCACGCGGGUGGACCUGGUUUAGAGAGAGGAGAACAAGGGGAGCCCUGCGAAUUUAACAUCUGGACCAGAGAAGCGGGCGCGGGCACUCUCGCUGUAUCCGUCGAGGGACCCAGCAAAGCGCAGAUAGAUUUCAAGGAUCGCAAGGAUGGCAGCUGUUAUGUUAGCUACGUCGUUACUGAACCUGGCGAAUACAGAGUGGGAAUCAAGUUCAACGAUCAGCACAUUCCUGAUUCGCCGCACAGAGUUUACAUCUCGCCGGCGAUGGGCGACGCGCACAAGCUCGAAGUUGCGCAAUUCCCCGAUAGUGGAGUGCAGCCCGACAAACCGUACACGUUUCUGGUGCGCAAGAACGGUGCCAAGGGUGAACUGGAUGGAAAGAUCGUGUCGCCGAGCGGUAUCCAGGAUGACUGCUUCAUCCAAAGCAUCGACGCGGACACGUACUCGGUGAGGUUCAUGCCGACGGAGAACGGAAUCCACCAAAUCCACCUCAAAUUCAACGGAGUGCACAUAACAGGCAGCCCUUACCGUAUCAAGGUCGGUAAGGUAGACGCUGAUCCGGCAGCAUUACACGCCUACGGAAACGGCUUGACAGAGAUCAAGACUGGACAGAAGACCGACUUCAUCAUCGACACAUGCAACGCGGGUUGCGGUGCGCUGGGCGUCACCGUGGAUGGACCCAGCAAGGUCGCCAUGGACUGUACCGAGGUCGAGGAGGGCUACAAGGUCAGGUACACGCCUUUGGUACCGGGCGAUUACUACAUCAGCAUCAAAUAUAACGGCUAUCACAUCGUGGGCUCGCCAUACAAGGUUACUUGCACAGGUGCGGAUUUGGCGGAGAGAGGCGCGCAAGAGACAAGUUCAAUCGUCGUCGAGACCGUACAAAAGAUAUCGAAAUCCAAGCAGGUUGGCCCGGUAUUGCCGUUAUUCAAGUCAGACGCGAGCAAGGUGACGAGCAAAGGCAUGGGUCUCAAAAAGGCUUAUUUAGGAAAGCAAAAUCAGUUCACCGUAAGCGCGGGAGAAGCUGGUAACAAUAUUCUCUAUGUGGGCAUCUACGGUCCUAAAGGGCCAUGUGAGGAGGUAUUCGUGAAGCACGCGGGUCGCAACAACUACAACGUUAGUUAUCUAGUGCGCGAGCGGGGCGAAUACAUCGUGAUCGUCAAAUGGGGCGACGAUCACAUUCCCGGCUCACCCUACAAGGUCGAAGUUUAAGCUGAACCCAACAUCCAGAUCAGAUGCAAUGCGUCUGCAGCCGCAGCGAUGCAAAAUAGAGCUAUACUUCGUCUCGAUGUAGAUUGGAGUCUUGGAAUUUGCAAAACCUCGCCAAAUUAGAAACGAAUUAAGUGUUCAUCUAGACUUCCGGUUGUGUAUUUGUAAUUCAAUUUUAAAAUUAUUGGCAAAUCAAGAUCUAUUUAAAAAGGAUUUACGUCGAAACGACGCAUUGCUCGAUUUCUAAAAUAGUAGUUGUAUUUAGGAGACAACUAUUGACGCUGACGAUAAAAUUGCGAUGACUUCUUACCGACAUAGUUAAUUCGCUCAUCCUUCCAAGGUCUUGGGGACAAUUUUGACAUUUUAGAAUUCUUGUUGAGAGAGUAGAGUCGCGAAUAGAAGCAACGACAGUUAAUACGACGAUAAAAAGAAAAUACGUAGGUCAAUUACUCGUUCGUUCAAAAACACCAAUUGUGCCUUUGAUUAGAUGCAAAUACAUUUACAAAAUAUAUAAAACAUGCAGAAUAUAUACAACAUGCACAUACAUAUGCAGACACGUACAAAGCUACGUAAAGACGCAAUCAUGCCCCACGUCCAAGUCAGAUUAUGUUAUAUGUCAUCGGUUAUUAAGUAUAUAGAUUAAAUAUACUGCAAUUGAUUAUUAUAAUAAUAAUAUAGAAGUUAAAUAAAUAAUAUA